GGGACUAAUUUCCAGACCCCCACUUGGGUCUGGGUAAACAGCACCGCCCCGAUGGUUGUUUGUUUUAAGUGUGGAACGAUCCGUCGCACAGCGCCGGGCUCGAUUGACACUGUCUGCUGAUCUGCUACUGCGGAUUGCUCAGAAUAACAAGGCUGCUCGCUAAUUCCCGUCUAUCGGGGCUUUCGCCGAAACACCGAGAGAGUAGGGUCCAAAAAAAAUCCAACAGGGCAGGCAAGAACGCCGCGCCGCCGUUGUCCGCACCCCAGAAUGGCUUCAGGAGAUCUUUACGAGGUGGAGCGGAUUGUGGACAAGAGGCGAAACAAGAAGGGCAAGUGGGAGUACCUGAUCAGAUGGAAAGGUUAUGGGCGUAAGGAGGACACCUGGGAACCGGAGCAUCACCUGAUGCACUGCGAGGAAUUCAUCGACCAAUUCAACAGCUCAAGAUGGCAUUCACACAAACGACCUAAGAUCUCAAAAAACCACGGGGAACCCCUCACAACCAGCCAACAUUCAGCUACAGAAAACUCCCGGGCGCGUUCUGAAGCCCGGAAGAAGAAAAGGACUAGUGGUCCAGCUGUGGGGAUGAGAGUUGGACCCGUUUUAGGAAUUGGAAGUGGAGGAUCGGGACUCUCUCAUAAACAGAAGAAAAUAGGUGCUGGAGCUGGGAAACCUCCUUUAGGGGAGAGAAUGAGCAAAGCCAUGACAUACAAGGCUCAUCCAUCAAGUGGGCCUCACUGUGUUGCCCUAUUGAGGGUUCCUCAUAAUGGACUUCAGAACGGAGAGAUGGAGCCUCUUGUGUAUAGUACAGCACCAAGGUCACAUAGACUGCCAUCAGAUAGGGGGGAAACAGAACUAGGACAAAGAGAUACCACUGGAUCACAGUUCACUACUGAACUAGGCUCCUCUCUCGCCAACGGGAAGAUGCAUCUGCACAGCUCCGUAAAGAGGAAGUUGGCGGAGGAGAAAGGCUACGUGUUUGACAAGCGGCUCAGGUAUAACGUGCGACAGAACGAGAGCAACUGUCGAUUCAGAGACAUUGUGGUCAGGAAGGAGGAGGGCUUUACGCAUGUCCUGCUCUCCAGCCAAACCACAGACAACAAUGCUCUAACGCCAGAGAUCAUGAAGGAAGUCUGUCGAGCUUUGGGGAAUGCUGCUGCUGACGACAGUAAGCUGUUACUCCUCAGCUCUGUGGGGACAGUUUUCUGCAGUGGCCUGGAGCCCUCCUACCUCAUAGGGCGUUUGUCCACCGACCGCAGAAAAGAGAGCAGCCGAAUCGCCGAAGCCGUACGGGACUUUGUGUUGGCGUUUAUCCACUUCAAGAAGCCGAUUGUUGUGGCAAUAAAUGGGCCCGCUUUGGGCUUGGGGGCAUCCAUCCUGCCUUUGUGUGACGUAGUGUGGGCUAGUGAGAGAGCGUGGUUCCAAACACCAUGUGCAGCCCUCCACCUCACCCCCUCUGGAUGCUCCUCUUACACCUUUCCUCAGAUUCUGGGUGUAGCUUUGGCCAAUGAGAUGCUGUUCUGUGGAAGGAAACUCACAGCACAAGAAGCAUGCAGUCGAGGUCUGGUAUCACAGGUUUUCUGGCCAACCACAUUUAACCAAGAGGUGAUGCUGCGCGUUAAGGAAAUGGCAUCAUGCAAUGCUUUGGUUUUAGAAGAGUCUAAAUGCUUGGUGAGAAGCAUCCUCAUCUCAGUGCUAGAAGAAGUGAAUGAGAAAGAGUGUCAGAUGCUGAAGCAGCUGUGGUGUUCAACCAAAGGACUGGAGGCGCUCUUCAGCUACGUGCACAAUAAGACCAGUGAAAAGUAACCAUGCAGAGUCUGAUGGACGAAUCCGGUUGACUUGGGUCUGAGGCUGCCUGAGCAGGGAUGAUCGAGAAGAGGAUGCUGGGAUUUCCAACGCUACUGAAGCUCUUUGAUUCACUCCAUCGGAGAAGAGUGUCUGGACUUUUGUCUACUUGUCUCUCUAAAAACAAAAUAAAUCCCAUCAUCAUCAUUUUUUGUACUAGGGCUUCUCUUUGGACCCACUGUGUAAUAACGUCCAUGUUCUUUAUGUAGGAGUCGGGGCCGGGUGUACAUCACUUAGAAGCAGAGGAACUGUCGCCGAGUAAUCUCACUGCAGAUGAUAAAGAAAUCAUAUAUGUUGUUAAUAUAUUCAUAUAUUUAUUUCAGAUGUAUAAAUUAGCUGUUUCCUGUAUUUGAGCUGCAUUUUUGGGGGGUUUUAUUAUGCUCACUUAUGUCUUGAGCUGAAGGGUAAACCAAAGUCUGGUGAAGCAGUCUGUUUAGUUUUUGACAUGCACUUUCACAUUCACUCCCAUGUAUAAAAUCUAAAAAAAAAAAACUAAAAAAAACCUACUGCUGCUAGUAAAUCAGUCCGAGGGAUUGUUCAAGAGUAGAGGUCAAGAAGUACCACAAUUUGAUAAAAAUCAUUAAAAGAUGCCUAAUGACCUAAAUGUGGACAUGUAUAAGUAUCAGCAAAUAGACCACAAUGAUUCAUACCGCUCAGAAAUUUUGAGUUAAAGUUAUUUUUAUUCAACCAGGCAAAUGGAAGCAUGCAUUUAUUUAUUUUUUAACAAAAAAAAAAAAACAGCACAAUCCAGUUUAACUUAGACCAUUUUCAAACAGCAAAAUGUUAUUUGGUAUUGCAUCAAUUAAAUUCUUCUUUUAACUGCUGACCAGCUUUUUUUUAAAUUAUUAUUAAUAUUUUUUUUAUGUUUUCACUGGUAUUUUAACAAAUUUUUCUUGUGAUGAGCUGCAAGACUGAAGUUGGAAAGACUCCAUCCCAUCUGUGCCCUUCUCCUUAGCGC